GUUCGGCGCUCUGUGCUGCUGCUGCAGAUUGGUGCGCGCGCGUCCGAGGGUCCAGGCGGAGCAGACCAAGGUUGCUCUGCACAGCCUGGGACGAUGGGAAGGAAAAAAAUCCAGAUCUCACGCAUUCUAGACCAAAGGAAUCGGCAGGUGACAUUUACCAAGAGGAAGUUUGGGCUGAUGAAGAAGGCCUAUGAGCUGAGCGUGCUCUGUGACUGUGAGAUCGCCCUCAUCAUCUUCAACAGUGCCAACCGCCUCUUCCAGUAUGCCAGCACAGAUAUGGACCGAGUGCUCCUGAAAUACACGGAGUACAGUGAGCCCCAUGAGAGCCGCACUAACACCGACAUCCUUGAGACACUGAAGCGGAGAGGUGUGGGCCUCGAUGGACCAGAGCUGGAGCCAGAUGAGGGGCCUGAGGAACCGGGAGAGAAGCUGCGGAGGUUGGCAGGUGACGGGGGUGACCCAUCCUUGCCCCGGCCCCGGCUCUAUCCAGCAGCCCCCACUAUGCCCAGCCCAGACAUGGUAUAUGGGGCCCUGCCCCCACCAGGCUGCGAUUCGAGUGGGCUCGGAGAGGCCCUGCCUGCUCAUAGCCGACCAUCCCCCUUCCGACCAGCAGCCCCCAAAGCCGGGCCCCCAGGCCUGGCCCACCCUCUCUUCUCACCAAGCCACCUUGCCAGCAAGACACCGCCGCCCCUGUACCUGGCAGCUGAUGGGCGGAGGCCAGACCUGCCUGGUGGCCUGGCAGGGGCCCGAGGGGGACUGAGCACCUCGAGAGGCCUCUAUGGUAGCCUGCAGAGUCCCUGUUCGGCCGCAGCCCCGGGACCCACACUCGGGAGCUUCCCAUUCCUCUCAGCAGGCCCUCCAGAAUAUGGCCUGGGAGACCCCCCUCCGCCCUCUGGCUUGCUGCAGCCCCCCACCUUGGCCCCCUGGCAGCCCUCGAGGAGUGAUGGACCUCUAACCGCCCCUGCCCAGCCCAGUGGGGGCCGCAGCCUGGGCGAGGAGGGCCCCCCAGCCCGCGGUGCCUCCCCGUCGACUCCGCCAGUCAGCAUCAAGUCUGAACGCCUCUCACCAGUCCCUGGAGGCCCCAGCGACUUUCCCAAGACCUUCCCCUACCCUUUGCUCCUGGCCCGGCCCCUGGCAGAGCCCCUGCGGCCAGGCCCCGCCCUACGCCGGCUGCCCACUGCUGAUGGCUGGCCUCGGUAGUGGACCCGGAGGUGGCAAAGGCCCUGCUCCCCGCGCCUGGCUGGGUAAGAGCAAGUGGGGUCCCAGCCUCCCUCCUGAGUCCUUAGUGAACACUCAGUGGAUACAACCCUCUCCACAGUGGGGACCUGGAGGAGGAAGGCUAGGUUGGGACCCAGGGUUGGGGAGGCUCUGUUCCCCCUUCCUGAGUGUGUACGCAUCAAUA